AUGGACGUGUUCCAAUUGGGGAUCAACGAUGAGAUUGAUCGUCUCCAAUCUCUCCUUCAAUUCAUGCAAGCUGCGGAGAAGCAAAACAUGGAGAACCCAGUGUCUGAGGUGUGGGAGGAACAACUCAGAGACACUGCAUCCGCCAUUGAAGACCUGGUCGAUGAGUUUCUGCUUGAUAUGAAGCUUGCAGAGUCCGACAAACCCAGCAACUUGUGCAACAUCAAGUCCUACGUUGGCUUCGUUGUUUGCUGCUUCAAGCAAGCAUUUCUGCGGUAUCAGUUACAUCGGCAGCUGAAUAGCAUAAACAAAAAGUUUGAUCUUCUAACUGAAGGAAAAUCGAAGUUUCAAAUAAACAGCACACAUCAAGCACGGGUAAAAGAUGAGAGAGACCCAGGACGAGCCUCCCCUUACUACGAGGAUUCCUAUGUUGUAGGAAUUGAUGAACGUGUUGAGAACCUUAAAAAUCUUGUUGAGCAGUCCAAAGAGCAGAUGAUGGUGAUCACAGUGUGUGGGCCGGGUGGCUCCGGCAAAACAACUCUUGUCAAACGUUUGUACAGCAACAUUCAAAAAGAGAAGAGCAUAGAAUGCUACGCUUGGGUUUUUGUGACUCAGACCUUCAAAUUUGAAGCUGCUUUAAGGCAAAUGGCCCAAGGGCUUUACCGCAGUGUGGGAGAUAAACCUCCAGGAGACAUUGACAACAUGGUAGUUGAUCGGCUUCGAGAGCUGCUCAUCAACUUCUUGCAGGACAGAAGGUACGUUCUUAUCCUCGAUGAUGUCUGGGAUCGAGAGGUCUUGGAAAAAAUCCAAACAGUACUUCCAUCAAACAGUAGGUCUGCAAUUAUCAUCACCACCCGUGACGAAACUGUAGAUUCUAAAUCUCUUCUAGAGGGUAGAUGCCUUUUCAAGGUUGAUCCUCUAGAUCAUACAAUGGCUUGGGAUCUCUUCUGCAAAGUGGCUUUUCGGGGUGCCGAGCCCAAAGGACGGUGA